AUGCUACUGGCGCUUGCUGGCCUGUGCGCCGUGACUGAUGGGCAGCAGACUUGCCAUGUGCUCUACACGGAGUCCUACAGCCAGAGUCCUCAAGACCUGCACGAGCGUUUCUCUUGUCAGGCACCCAUGCCAUGCUCCUCGAACGGACAAGAAGUCACCUCUCCCUACGGCAACAGCACAGGCUGUAUAGUCUUCGAUUCUGAGGCUAACGCAAGUACCGUGGCAUGCGACUCCACCGCCAAGGUGACCAUCACGGGCGAUGCGCUGUCCUACUCGGUUCGCUGCUUCUGCAGCAACGACACCUCGGGCUGCACGCCAGGACAGGCAGAUGUGUACUAUUCGCUCGCCUUUGAAUCUACGCCGUAUCCUUCCACGGUGACUUAUGACACGCCCGCCACAUCUACACACACUUUUUACUUCACGAGUGAAUUCACAGCCGCAACUUCCAGCUCCGUCAGUGGCUAUGUGCCUACGACAGCUUGGACGUGGACGGAAGAAGCAAUACGAGCGACGUCUGCUCCUACAAGCUCUCCAGCGCGACAUCAGAUCGAGUAUGACCCUGCCCGGCAUGACGAUGAAUCGUACGUCAAAGGGCGUCAGUACUGGCCCAAUCACAUUGACAUCGCUCUGUGGCACGUACACGCGUUGGAGCUGAGGCGAGUGAAGCAAGACGAGACAGACGAGACUGGCCCAGCAGCGCCGUCUCAGGAACAUGAAGCCAGUUUGCAUGUGCUUGCCCGUCAGCAUGCCUUCGUCCAAUGUGACAUCCUGACGACUGAUCAGCAGCUCGAAGGCGACUGGACAGCAGCUUACUGUCCAGAAGUAAUGCGAUACGAGCUCGCGCAGAUAUGGGUCUGGACAGACGACGCUCUGCUCACGAUCGGCGACAUCUGGUCGCACUGUGUCAGUCGCACUUGUGAAACAUCACAGCGAGGCGCAUACUUUCAUGGCUUCCUACACGCGCAUUUGCCACUUGCGCUGCGCGAUUCUGCCGACGCAUCAGCAGAAAUGCUUUCACUUGCCUAUAUGAUCGCAAUUGCCAGUCUUAUGACCGGCGCGUGCGUGCAUGCUGCUACGCAAGGCUAUGCUCAAAACAAGGAUGCUUUGGCCAGCCGUGCAACUGGCGAGUAUCUUCCAGCUCAAUGCUGGCUAUCCGCCACACCCGUCGGCGAAGUAUCAGCAUCGCUCAGCUUUGCGCUCGGCUGGAAGUCCGAUCUGUCGCAAAUCACGUCGCUCGUCCUUGAUGUCCCGGACCAACCUUCCCUCGCAAACAAACCCUUCUUUGCCCAUACGAUCGCGUCGCCGCUCAAAUCGUCCAGCUUCCUCAUCAACUAUGAGGACUGGCAUCUUGUCAUGACCAUGGUAUACGAUAACGUUCUCAAGGUCUAUCUCGAUCCGCACACAACGCUCAGAGGCUCGACGAUCGGCAAUUGGUGGAGUAUGACUUGCAAUAGCUGGGGCAACCUCAACGCACGAGUCCCCGUUGUCAAGCUUCCAGCCGAUCCGGCUCAGCAGUGACAUGUUCACCAAUUUGCUUGGGCAAUGUCCUGUUGAUCGUAUAGACCGGCACUGCCACAAGUGAGGCCAAAGCUCGACAUCCUGUACCGCCAAUCAGUCGAUAUGCAAGCUCGAGCUAUCGUCCUACUGACGGCGCAUGUUUGUAAUUGCUAGCUCCGUCCAAUCUGAAGAGCAAGUCUUGCGCAUCGACGCAGUACCAGAACGUGAAUGCAUACGUCGACGUGUCAACGUUGAC